UGCAGGCGGGAUCCGUGCGCGGGGCAUGGCGCGCUGGUGGCGGGCGCUGCCGAGCGCGGCCCGGCGCUUCCCGUGGCCCACGAACGUGCUGCUCUACGGCGCGCUCUUCUCCGCGGGGGACGCGCUGCAGCAGCGACUGAGCGGCGGCCCGGCCGACUGGCGGCAGACGCGGUGCGUGGGCACCGUGGCCGUGACCUUCCACGCCAACUUCAACUACGUGUGGCAGCGCCUGCUGGAGCGCGCGCUGCCGGGCCGCACGCCGCGAGCCAUUCUGGCCAAGGUGCUGUGCGACCAGGCCGUCGCGGGGCCCGUGGCCGUCACGGCCUUCUACACGGGUAUGAGUAUUCUCCAAGGAAAGGAUGACAUAUUUUUGGACCUGAAACAGAAAUUCUGGAAUACAUAUAAGACUGGUCUGAUGUACUGGCCUUUUGUACAGCUUACCAACUUCUGCCUUGUUCCUAUUCAGUGGAGAACAGCUUACACGGGACUCUAUGGUUUUCUGUGGGCCACCUUCCUUUGCUAUUCACAACAGAGUGGCGAUGGCACAUUGACGUCCGUUUUCACAUUUCUUCAUCAAAAGAAGGCCAACGAAUUUGAAAAGCCCCCAGAGAAAUGAGGAGUCAAGGAUUCCCUGAAAGUGACAAUAUUUUUUUUUAAUUGCAGUGAGUUGCCUACUGAUAAAAUACUCUACUUGCCUGCAGUAUGUGCUCCAUUUGGAAGAAUUACUACUCCUAGACCCACUCGUUUCUUAAUUAUCAAUAAGUACUUUAAAUUUUAUCCAAACCUUUUUUUUCCUCAUUCUACCUGAAAGUAUUACUUCUCUAAUAUUUUCACUUCUUCAAUACUUUGGUAAAUACCAGUAUCAGUGGCAAAAUGGCAUUUAAUAAUAGUUACUAUUUCUAUUCUAAUAUUUUAAUGCCAUUUGAUUAUAUUUAAUGCAUUUAAUUAUUAAUGCCAUUUAAGGAGCCUGUUUUGAUUGUAUACAUCUCUUUUCUAACAUCUCAGGUUAUUCCUAAACACUUUUGGAUCUGAUUACCUUUUAUACCAAAAGUAGUUCUUAAUAGUAAAUUUCUAUUUACAUGGAACUCAAUCAAAGUCAAGAUUGAAUAACCAGAUUUCCUCCACCCCAAUACUAUAUAAUCAUUUUUUUGCUGAGACUAAAGUUCUAUAAGUAUACUUUAAAUCAUAAAAAAUAGUGUAUGAUUGGUGUGCCCUGUAUAGAAUAUAGUUCAUUGGCAUUUUCUAUUUUUGUAAUUUCUAAGUUAAGUACUUUUUAGCUAAUGUUUUAUAGUUUUGAGCAUAUUCAGUACCCCAUAUGAAAUUUGACUUCUUAGAGAAAUAUACUGAGUGAAGUUUUUUUGGGGAAAAAAAGAAUAAUUUCUCAUCCUUUGUAAGGAAGAACUCUAUUUUGUAGGUUUUUAGGAAAAAGUUACCCCAUAUCUCAUGCUGAUGUUAUAUUUUUUAAAAUCAAUGUUUUAAACUAAAGUUUUAUAGGUAAUCUUUAAGGUAGAUAAGAGAAACUUGAUUCAGUCUUUCAGAUUUACUGUUUGUCUCACCUCAAAACAAGUGGGUUUAAAAUUAUAUGAAAAUCUCAAGAAGUUUCAGCAAAUUUCACCUAAGAACUGAACCACAAUUCUGUUGCUUCCAAUGGAGUAUUGCACAAAUUUAAGAUGUGAAGCACUAAAGUGUUAAUAAAUUUAUCUUGAGAACUUAUAUUUAAGAUUAAUUUAAUGAGCUAUACUUAAAAUUAUGAGCAUAUCAUUUGUAAUAUAAAUUUAUGUCAUAACUUUUAAGUAUAUGAUUAAUUUUAUUUUACAUUAUUGGGACAACGGUAGGAAAUUUCUAGAUAAAAUAACAUGGAUGGAUCUUGAGAAUAUUACGCUAAGCGAAAUAAGUCAGUCAGAAAAAGCUAAGAACCAUGUUAUCUCAUUCAUAUGUGGGAUAUAAAACUGAAACUCAUAGAAAUAAACAACA